UUACUAGUAGGUUCCAUUUUUUCGCCUUUUUAUACCCGUUUCUUUGACAAUCGAAGCAUCGCAAUUAAAGGGUUUUCCACAGAUUCGUACUGGGUUUGAUCAACAAUGGCGGAUUUCAAACCAUGCACAGUCCUUGUUACCGGUGCUGGCGGUAGAACAGGACAAAUUGUUUAUAAGAGGUUGAAGGAGAGGACAGACCAGUAUGAUACUAGAGGUUUGGUUAGAAGAGAGGAGAGCAAGGAGAAAAUUGGUGGCGCAGAUGAUGUUUUUGUUGGGGAUGUAAGGGAUGUAGAGAGCAUAAUUCCUGCAAUCCAAGGUAUCGAUUCCCUCAUAAUUCUCACGAGUGCUGCGCCAAAAAUGAAGCCUGGGUUUGAUUUAGGUAAAGGUGGAAGGCCUGAGUUUUACUUUGAAGAUGGUUUAUAUCCUGAACAGGUUGACUGGAUUGGGCAGAAGAAUCAAAUAGAUGCUGCUAAAGCUGCAGGGGUGAAGCACAUUGUGCUUGUUGGGUCAAUGGGAGGAACAAAUCCUAAUCACCCCUUAAACAGCUUAGGGAAUGGGAAUAUUUUGGUUUGGAAGAGAAAGGCUGAACAGUAUCUGGCUGACUCUGGAGUUCCAUACACAAUUAUAAGGGCUGGAGGCUUGCAGGACAAAGAAGGUGGUAUUCGAGAAUUACUUGUUGGAAAGGACGAUGAGCUCCUUAAUACAGAAACAAAGACCGUUACUAGGGAUGAUGUUGCGGAAGUCUCGAUUCAGGCACUACAGUUUGAGGAGGCCAAAUUUAAGGCAUUUGACCUGGCCUCAAAGCCCGAGAGAGUUGGCACUCCAACAAAGGAUUUCAAGGCUCUGUUUUCCCAGAUCACUACUCAGUUUUGAUAUACAACAUUCAUAGCUCUAUUUAUUUGGAAAUAUGUUAUCCAAUUUCAGAUUGUGACUCUGGUUUUUGAUCUAGAAAAGGAAUAAGUGGAACGAGAAUGUUAACCAGUUGCGAAUGGAUUUUCAGGAGCUUUUGUAUGACAUUAAACAACUAUCAAUUGACAAAUAAGUUUCCCCCAGAAUUUCUCUAUGCAAAUCAAAUAAGUUUUGUAA